CCUGUGUUGCGUUCACGUCUCGGAUCAGGCAGGGGAAGGAUUCUGUUUCAGUUUCUCUUCAAAAACUUCACUUUUUUCACAGAAUUUACCGGUUUAUUUUAGAGUUUCUGCUUCGGGCGCGUUUUCUGAGGCUCCCGCGGUCAGAUGACAGAGUUGCUGUUUGAGGACAAAGACCUGCUUUUGUCUCUGAAGGAUUAUACCUGAGCAGAGGAGGAUAAUCUCAGCAAAAACUAUGCGAUGGAGCUGGGCCGGACUCUGCUCUUUCACUGUCUCCUCUUCGUCUGCUCCUCUGCACACAGUGAUUUCUUCACUUCUGUUGGUCAGAUGACAGAGCUGCUGUUCGUGGAGAAAGACCUGGUUUUGUCUCUGAAGGAUUAUAUCAGAGCAGAGGAGGAUAAACUCGGCAAAAUCAAACAAUGGGCGAAUCGUCUGCAGGAGCUGUCCUCCGCCGCGACCUUUGACCCUGAGCUGUUUCUGGGGAAUCCUGUGAAUGCCUUUAAACUCAUCAAAAGACUGAACACAGAGUGGAGCCAGCUGGAGGCACUAGUGCUCACCGAUAUGAGCGACGGUUUUAUUUCAAACUUGACGAUUCAGAGACAGUUUUUCCCAACGGACGAGGAUCAAACCGGGGCCGCCAACGCCCUGAUCCGACUCCAAGACACGUACAGGCUGGACACAGAAACCAUAGCAACAGGGAGGAUACCAGGCAGCUCCUUUGACCCCCCUCUCUCCUCUGGGCUCUCGGUGGAGGACUGUUUCGACCUGGGCAGGGUGGCGUACUCCGAGGCCGACUACCUCCACACGACUCUGUGGAUGGAACAGGCCCUGAAGCAGCUCGAGACUGAGACUGAGACCGAGACGGAGACCAAGACUGAGACCGGGACUGUGGACGUGAAAACUGUCCUGGACUAUCUCGGCUAUUCUGUGUAUCAGCAGGGGGCACUAGAGAGGGCGCUGCACUACACCAAGAGACUGCUGCAGCUCGACCCCUCUCACCAACGAGCAAACGGAAACCUGAAGUAUUUCGAGUAUCAACUCUCCAAACACAGACAGACAGGAGCAGAGGAAAGAGGAGCAGAGGCGACAGGAGCAGACAGGGAGCGCUCUGACGACUACCUGCCUGAGAGGAAGGCCUAUGAGAGGCUGUGCAGAGGGGAGGGCAUCCGGAUGACUCCUCGGAGACAGAGCCGCCUCUUCUGCCGUUACCACGACAACAACGGCCACCCGAGCCUCCUGAUUGGUCCUGUCAAACAGGAGGAGGAGUGGGACCGCCCCCGGAUCGUGCGUUACCAUGACGUCGUCUCUGAGCGCGAGAUGGAGCGUGUCAAAGAGCUCGCCACGCCCAGACUGAAACGAGCCACAGUUCACGACCCGCAGACCGGAAAACUCACCACGGCUCACUACAGGGUCUCCAAGAGUGCGUGGUUGGGCUCGUUUGAACACCCAGUGGUGGAUCAGAUAAACUGGAGGAUUGAGGCAGUGACAGGACUCGACGUGUCCACGGCCGAAGACCUGCAGGUGGCGAACUACGGCGUUGGAGGACAGUAUGAACCACAUUUUGAUUUUGGACGAAAAGAUGAGCCUGAUGCGUUUGAAGAGUUGGGGACGGGGAAUCGUGUUGCCACGUGGCUUCUCUACAUGAGCGAUGUACAGGCAGGGGGCGCCACCGUCUUCACAGAUGUAGGAGCGUCCAUCAAACCAAAGAAGGGCUCAGCCGUGUUCUGGUAUAACCUGUUCCCCAGUGGAGAAGGAGACUAUCGCACUCGACAUGCUGCGUGUCCAGUUCUGCUCGGGAACAAGUGGGUUUCUAAUAAAUGGAUCCAUGAACGUGGACAAGAGUUCAGACGACGCUGUGGACUCAGAGAAACAGACUGACCUUCUCCUCCAAAAUCAUACACUCCUGUGUUACUGUAACAAUGGUCAACCUGGACUAAGAGAGGACUAAACCGGGACUAAACCAGGAAUGAACCGGGACUGAACUGGGACUAAACCGGGACUGAACCGGGACUGAACCGGGACUGAACCGGGACUGAACCGGGACUAAACCGGGACUAAACCGGGACUAAAGCGGGACUAAAGCGGGACUAAAGCGGGACUAAACCGGGACUAAACCGGGACUACACCAGGAAUGAACUGGGACUAAACCGGGACUAAACUGGUACUAAACCAGGACUAAAGCAGGACUAAAGCAGGACUAAACCGGGACUAAACCAGGACUAAACCUGGACUAAACCUGGACUAAACCUGGACUAAACCAGGAAUGAACUGGGACUAAACCGGGACUAAACCGGGAAUGAACCGGGACUAAACCGGGACUAAACCGGGACUAAACCGGGACUAAACCGGGACUAAACCGGGACUAAACUGGUACUAAACCAGGACUAAAGCAGGACUAAAGCAGGAUUAAACCGGGACUAAACCGGGACUAAACCAGGACUAAACCUGGACUAAACCAGGAAUGAACUGGGACUAAAGCAGGACUAAACCGGGACUAAACCAGGAAUGAACCGAGACUAAACCGGGACUAAACCGGGACUAAAGCGGGACUAAAGCGGGACUAAAGCGGGACUAAAGCGGGACUAAAGCGGGACUGAAGCUGGACUGAACCAGGGCUAAAUCAAAACUAAACCAGGACUAAACCGGGACUGAACCGGGACUGAACCAGGACUGAACCAGGACUGAACCAGGACUGAACCAGGGCUAAAUCAAGACUAAACCAGGACUAAACCGGGACUGAACCAGGGCUAAAUCAAGACUGAACCAGGACUGAACCAGGGCUAAAUCAAGUCUAAACCAGGACUAAACCAGGACUAAACCAGGACUAAACCAGGACUAAACCAGGACUGAACCAGGACUGAACCAGGACUGAACCAGGACUGAACCAGGACUGAACCAGGUCUAAACCAGGACUAAACCAAGUCUAACCCAAACCUCUCUUAAAGUCCAUAGAGGAACCAGACCGCAUGAAUUUAUAGAGAACAGACACUCCACAUUUAAAUCCUUGUGCCUUUAAGUGUCUCACUGCAGAUUUAUAUUUUAUCUAUUACACGUUUGUCAAUGACUGAAUGUGAAACUGUUUUAUGAACCCGGUUUUGUUAAAAGUUGCUGCAAAAACCAAUGCAAAAGUAUUAACCGCACUCCUUUAGUUUGUUAAAAUCAUAUGAAAUUUGACUGAAUAAACGACAUUUUUCACUGG